UUGGCAGCUUAUGACAAAGCGAUGAUAACGUAGCUCUAUGGCAAAGCUGGGUCUCUCAAUGCUGGGCUGUGUGCCAUUGCAGAUUGCUAUCGUUGUUCAUCUACUGGUAUCUACAAAAGGUGAUUUGUUGAUGCCUCCAGAAAAUGUCAAUUUUCAGCUAGGAUUUUUUCAUCAUAUUUUGAACUGGUCACGCAACAAAUCUGAUAGUGAUGGGAUUUUGUAUCAAGUGGAGUAUCGUAGCUAUGGUUCCAACUGGACAUCUGUGCCAAACUGCACUUUUAUUAGCCACCUGAGCUGUGACCUAACGGUGGAAACCUUACCCAAGAGCCUUGGUUUUUAUGCACGCGUUAGGAGUAUUCUAGGAGACCAGGCAUCAGAAUGGGCCCGUACAACACGCUACACAUUCAAUGGAGUUGUUCUGCCUCCACCAUCUGUACAAGUGGAUGUUGAUGGCUCUUCAUUAUUUGUUCAACUCACUCUCCCAAAAAUUAUAGCGCAUAACAUCACACAACGCUUUGAAGAAAUUUUUCCCGUUAGCCGCAUGUACACUAUAGAUAUUCGAAGAACCUCAGAUAACCAUAUGUUUAAGCACGUGGAAUACUGUGAAACGUUCCAUAUUGUUAACCUGGUUGGAGGACAGGAGUAUUGUAUAAAAAUUCAACCUUCAAUCGCCUCCCGUGGAAAUACCGGGGAAGCCACUUCCGAGAGUUGCAUUUACCUCCCUGAACAAGGUGUGUCAAGUAGUACUCUCUUGGUGGUGGCAUCCUGUAUUCUAGCUUUUGUGGUUCUAUUGAUCUUUGUCAAUAUCUUUAUCUGUCUUUAUGUUCGAGGAGUUGUCAAGACACCCAAAACUCUAAUGUCUCUUAUCCAGAGAAGUUGGUCAUGGAUGGAUAAACCAUCAUCUCCAGUUAUUGAGAAAACCCUGCACUGGGAAAAUGGCCUGAUUGAACAUCUCAUGGCAGAGCACAGGGACUCUCUGGUGUGUAGUAGUGCAGACAGUGGGUUUGGAAGCCAAAUGUUUGUCAUCAACAUGUCAAAGUCCUCUCGAGAUUCCUCUGUAGAUGAAAGUGUGUCAACAUCAAAAUCCAAUAUUACAAAUAUAAACACACAAGAGGAGGUCUCUUGUGAAAGAGAAAGCUCCAAAGAUGAAGACAGUGGUAUUAGCCUAUCAACAGGCUCCCAUAACCUCAGUAGCUGUAGUGAUAGUAGUGAUGAUAUAGACAGCCAAAGUUGUGGUAACUGCAGUGAGACAGUAGCAGUGAAUGAAAGACUGGGUUACCUGAAACAGCAGGAAUCAGAGGAGAACACAAACAAUUUAGAAAUGAAAGAACUGGAACGCACAUGGCAACCACCAAUGAAAGAAUACCUAUCACAAGGACAACAAAAUCUGCUGAAAAACGAUAUUGAAUUCCCUCACCAGAAGGAAUUUGAUUCAGAACCAUGGACUAAACUCCCGGGGACCAUUCAAUCUUCAUUGCCCCUUACAGUGGCAUUCAGCCCAUUCAGCAGCAAACUUUGGGGUUUAGGUGUCAAUGUUCCAUCACUUGGAGAUGUAGAACUCAUGGAUACUAGAUCUUAGCAGCAAUGGUUGGGAUUUUUGAGUGGGUAUUACUCCUUUCACUAUGGGUAACAGAAAAUGAGAAAGUGGUUAUGUCUUUUGUAAAA